AUGUCCGAACCUCUCUUCCAUCCAAGCUUCCUGUCGCUUGCCCUCCUGCUGGCGCCGUCGAUGGGUCUAUCCAACCAAAUCCAGCUGUCGCUACCGCUGCAACCGCAGCAGGUCCACGGCAACUCGCAACCGGGCCCCGCCGCCCACCCUCAGGGCCAUUCUCAGCCGCAUGGCCAAACCCACUCCCAGGGGCCCCAGGGCCAGCAGUUUGCCCAGCAACUGACACAGGCCUACCCUCAAACCAACCAGCACCAGCUGCCGCUGUUCUUGGUGCUCACCAACUGCCCUCCCGACCUCACCCCGCGUGAAGCCACCAUCAUCUUCUCCCUCGUCAUCGACGACAUCUUGAGCAUUGAAAUAUCCGACUACAAGGUCAUUGCCGCGUUCAAACUGCCACUGACAUGCAUCACCACCGCCAAGCUUCUUGACGGCAAGUGCAUUUUCGGCCAGGAGUACGCCCCCGUCAAGAUCGAGUUGGACCAGAGCCAGGGGCUCAGUAAUCAAUUCCUGAACAUGAGAUUACUGUCACAGUUGCCGCUGUUACUGCUGCCACCGCUUAUGACCCCAUCACUGGGCACCGGCCUCGCAAAGUUGUCUCAGUCGCGCCUGCGCUUUGUGUUCAGUGACCCCUUCGCCCCCGCGAACGGCGCUCAGCCCGUUCAGCCGAACGGCCAGGCUCCCCCUCAUAUCGACUUAACCGAAUUGCUGCAAAACCUGCUUAUGCUGGCACUGGCAAACCCCACUACUCCCGCUGACCCUUGGGGGCCCCAGCUGCUGUUGCUGCUCAAUAGCGCUCCCCGCACCCCCAGUGUCAACGCCCCGUUCGACUGGCUGUCACAAAACGGCCAGACGAACGGCCAAGUGCCUCCGCCCGAUCGACGCCGCACGUCGCUGGCGUUCUUCACCAACACUCAGCAAUUUGCUCAGGCUCCCGUGGCCCUGCAAGCGUCGCUUUCCUCUCUGCAUACUUCGCAUCCUUCCUCGCAACCGGCGCUGGCGCCCCUGGUGCCACUGACGCUGCUGGACCAGCAGACGUCGCUGCCUCACACCCUGCCCGUGGGUCCCACCCCUCAGCUGCUGAAGCCCUCGUCGUCCGCGCCCUCCAACCAGUCAUCGCUGCAACUGCAACCGCAACCGCUGCUGAAGGAUGUGCCUGACUUAUCGCUCUUAGCCCGGGUCCCACCCCCGGCUAACCCGGCUGAUCAGAACCCUCCUUGCAAUACUCUUUACGUCGGUAACUUGCCCCCUGAUGCCACCGAGGCUGAAUUGCGUACGCUAUUCAUGCCGCAGAAGGGGUACAGAAGGCUUUCGUUCCGCACGAAGAACUCGCUGCUGAAUAAUGGCCUGGGCGGCCUGUCGCAUAAUCACGGGCCCAUGUGUUUUGUUGAAUUUGAGGAUGUGGCCCACGCUACUCGUGCUUUAGCCGAGUUGUACGGAAGGGCCCUUCCUCGUCCCAAUGGUGGCAACGGUAAGGGCGGUAUCCGUCUUUCGUUCUCCAAGAACCCGUUGGGGGUACGCGGUCCGGGCAACCCCCGGCGCUCGCUGACUCAACAGCUUCUGGGACAACAACAAUCGCUGCAGCAACAACAGCAAUCGCAGCAACCUCAACAGCCCCAACCACUGCAGCAGCAGCAGGCGCAAGCGGCAGCGCCGCCGGCUGGUGGAGUUGGCAACUACGGCUACUCCAACUACCACGUCAAGUAA